AUGGUUCAUGCUGAUGCGUCAAACUUUGCUGAGGGCGUCACCAAGGAGGAUGCCUAUGAGCAAGUGCUCUGGCAGGCCGAAGGUCUAGUCACGGACCAGCGAUUCUAUGUCCUUGACAAGUCAUCCAAGGAACCACAACUUAUCCUCGGCCCCUUUCAGGGCAAGGUGGCUUGCCAGACCAUCAAGUUUGGCAAAGGUGUCUGCGGUACAGCGGCAGCAACUCAUGAGACACAACUGGUUCGAGAUGUGGAAGGGUUCCCUGGGCACAUCGCCUGUGAUGGAGACAGUAAGAGCGAGAUUGUUGUGCCUAUUCUCGUUGCUCAGGACGACGGUUCCAAGAAGCUGGUGGCUAUCAUUGACAUCGACUGUGCUGAGCUGAACGGCUUCGAUGAGGUCGACAAAGAAAAUCUGGAGCAGCUUGCGGCUCUGCUCGCCACGAGCUGUGACUGGUAG